AUGUCGGAAACGUUCGAUUCCCGGGCUCCUACUCUUGACUCGAGGAGGUCCUUGGAUGCUGAGAAACAGAACAUAGAAAUCUCAGUAGAAGAACAGCCCUCGAAGGGUGUUCAAUCGUGGGAUCCUACCAAAUUACCAUGGGCUCGCAAAAUUCACAUCAUCGUCGCAGGUUUUACUUGCACCUUCAACUGCAACCUCGGCUCCUCCAUGCCUUCUGGUGCAUUAACCGCCAUCUCUGAGCACUUCUCUGUCACAGACAAGGUCCAGCUCACUCUUCUGAACUCAUUAUACAUGCUAGGAUAUGUCAUCAGUCCCCUCGUAGUAGGGCCCCUUUGCGAAUUUAUCGGACGACGACCCGUGCUCAUUGGGACAUUCAUUGGCUACAUCGUAUUCAUGCUUGCUUGUUCCGGGGCACCUAGCUAUAGCGCCUUGCUCAUUUUUCGUCUGUUGUGUGGAUUCAACGCUGCUGCUCCCACGACUGUCAUCAAUGGCCUCUAUGCAGACAUUCUUGACAAUCCCUCAGAAAGAGGCAGUGCUAUCUCCUUCUACCAAGCCGUCACAACUUGCGGUCCCCUGAUUGGCCCCAUCAUUUCAGGAUUUAGCUCUCAGUUAUCCUGGAGGUGGCCCUUUUGGGCUGCCGCCAUCAUCGCGUCACCGGGAUUGCCGAUAGUGCUCACGAUCCCUGAGACAUUCGCCCCGGUGCUUCAAAACAAGGACAUCCGUCGCAAGAUCAAGAAAGGUCUUGCGGGACCUGAAUCCUUGGAACAAAUGCACGUCUUUAACCCUCGGAAGAUCUUUGUUCGCCCAUUCGUUCUCCUCUUUACGGAACCGAUCCUGCUCUUCGCUUGUUUGUAUCUCACUCUGGUGUACUCUGUUUUCUACUUGAUGUUUCAGGCGUACCCAAUUCUUUUCCAAAGACACUAUGGCCUUAGCCCAGGGGUCGCUGGUCUUGCUUUCUUACCGACGGCUCUUGGUGCCAUUGUUGCCAUGGCCAUCGCUGGGUUGUGGACCUGGUACUAUGAUCGAUCCGUCGAGGCUGGCAAACCAUGGGCACUCCGAGAGGUCAACCGCCGCCUACCACUGGCUUGUAUGGCUGCUCCACUUAUGGUCAUUGCACUCUUUUGGUUGGGUUGGACAGCAUGGGACUUUGUAUCCCCCGUUCUCCCCGCCUUCAGCGGCUUCUUUUUCGGUCUCGGCUUCCAGUUGGUUUUUAUCGGGAUGAGCAACUACAUUAACGAUGUCUUUCGCGAGCUGUCUGCUUCUGCCCAGGCAGCUGCAGGCACCACCCGAUCAAUCGGUGCAGUUCUGCUGCCGCUCGCUGCUGGGCCGAUGUACGACAGCCUCGGCAUCCACUGGGCUCCAUCGCUCCUUGGUUUCAUUGCACUGGUUAUGGGUGUGAUUCCCUUCGCCUUCAUUCGUUAUGGAGACAUCCUCGCCGCGAAGAGCAAGUCGGCCCGCGAUAUCUAUGGUUAUUCAAGCUCAUGA